AUGGCUGCGAUUCUUUCCAUCUAUGCUCUAGGCAUCGUAUGGUUUACCUUUGGACUCUGCGCUUACCACAACUAUUUGGUCUGUACCAACCAGACCACCUACGAGCAAAUCAAGGGCGCUUUUAGCGGCGCUACGAACCCCUUCCACCGCGGCGCGGUGGGCAACUACUGGGUGCGGGCUUUAGUCCAGGGCAGGGGGGGAGCGUGUCUAAAGAGCUCGGAAGACGGGUCGCCCAGCCAUGGCUGA